UACGUUCUCUGGCAGAAGCUUCGAAUUUUCGUCAAUCGUUUUUAAAUAUCGACUAUAUUUUACGUACACAAAAAUGCAGCCCUAGAGCAAUAAAUUCUAAAAAUAUAAAAACAAAACAAAGAAGUUUGAAUUGAGACAUCACAGGAAAGAAAUACAUACAUAUAUAAAGAAAGCGAUAACUAAAAUAAAAUUUGUAAAAGCGAAUUUUUAAGAAAUAAAAAUAUAUCUUCUAUUGUUUUCCAUACGUUUUUCACGAUUUUUCAUCAAAUGGACGAGUCUGAACUGCUCUUCAAUUUGUUCUACCUCUUAUUAUGUAUGUGUAUUAUAUAUCCACCAGAGGAGUUUCAGCGUCUGGGUCUAACCAUUGAAGAAAUUUUCAGCAAACUAUUGGGUGAUGAAAGCAUCAAUUUCGUACACUAUCACCAGCGUCGUACAUCAUUAAAUUUAUUUGUGCACAGUUGCUUGCCUGCAAUGUAUUUUCUCAUACAUAAAUUGAAGUUCUCUGUAUUCGUGGAACGCGAACUGUCUGAACAUGUAGAUUUGGACCCGGAUUUUCCAAUGCCACAAGAAGCUGUUGCAUUUAAGACACUCACAUGGAAAAUCGCACAACGUUUUAGCUUAAUGGUAGUCUUGGCAGUACCAGCAUUAAUAUUCAAUUGGCAGCAACGAAACUGGCGGCGUCAUCCAAUCAGCCAGACAUUAUUGAAAUUCUCCAAUGUGCCAGAUAGUUAUCACACUAUUGCGAGCGAUAUAAGCACUGAAUUUCGAAGACUCGACAUUUAUAAAAAGAAGCUAAAUUCUAUAUCGACAGUUAUUGCAACAGAAAACUGGAUAAUUAAAACUUCGCUAUAUAAUGUGCAUUUUGCGCACCAAAGUGAUACUUCGCUCAGUGUAGCUAAAACAGAGACUUACAACGUUUCACAAGACACUAACGACACCUUACAAAUGGUGAGCAUAAUAGUGAAACCAAAUCGACAAAAAGUGGCUGAAUUUCACAUACGCAUCAAUGCUUUAGAAUUUCGCAAUCUGGAGGAGCGAAUUAGUCGACCUAUUGCCAUACCAUCGAACAUACAAUUCCAUCGUAACGUGAUAGAUCGUUUUAUAGACGUUUUUAAAGAACAAGUUGCGAAAAAUCCAAUUUACAAAGCGGAUAGGAUAGCAGAAAAGUGCUUCGCUUGUAUGAUUGCUGAGCCAAAUAUAAAAAUUCAUAAACAAUGUGAAGAUGUUGAUCGUGAUGGACGUCCACUGUCAGCGGAGAGUACUUGUACAAAUUGCUAUUGCCGACCCAUGUGGUGCGUUGAUUGUCUUGCGCGUUGGUUUGCUGCACGUCAGAGUGAACAUGACCGGGAAGUAUGGCUUGAACAGAAAUGUACCUGCCCCAUGUGUCGUGCCAAAUUCUGUCUUCUCGAUGUCAGCUACAUUGAGAAGCGUGAUAUAGUGGAAACCGACGAUGUGACGCUUAACAGUGACAACGCGUGAUAUUUUUAUAUUGCAAGAAGCUAAUGUAUGAAGUGUACUGAAUUUCAAUUAAAGUUGGUAAAUCAAUUCUGUCAAUUCUUCCAUUGUUUAGUUCAACAGCGAAUAAGACACGAAUCUUCUACUCAUUUUUAUGUAAACUUUUUACGCCACCUCCGUCGGCGGCUUUUUUUUUAUUUUUAUUUGGUCUAUAAUGGUUUAUAAUUUUAUGUAAUAAAUUUUGCUUACAUUACUGUGUUUACAUCAAUUUAAUAUUUUUCUAAACACAAAUUACUUACUGUCUAAAAAGUUUGUAACUAUCACGAUUUAAUACUUUACGAUACAUAAUUUAUAUACAUACAGUUUUAAAUGUACAUAUAUUCAAAGGACAAAAAAAUAUGAAUUCAUUUUUAUUGGCAAAUACAUAUUUAUUUCUAAGUAUAUUGAAAUCUGCAUUAAAUAUAAUUCUUUUCCAAAAACUAUGUGUUUGAGCAAGUAUUAAGCUCUAGUUCCAAAUGAAUUUGCUCUUUAAUUUAAUAACAAAAUAGAAUUUAUGUCACUAGUUUCACGAUUUCCGCUUUUGUCGAUUGAGCUGUUAAAACAAUAUAUUAACUCUUAUAACUCUUUCUAUUAGAAACGUUGGCACAUAGUUAAAACUAGUGAAAAAAGGAAUCCUUUGAAUAAUGAAAACAAUCGAAUGCUUAAAGAAAGAGCUAAUUUUGUAUUUAAAUAUGUAGCUUUACUUAAGGACUAACUAAGCGCUUUACCUAAACAAAAGUUAAUUUUGUGAAUUUAAUUUUUCCACAUAAAAAUAAAAUAAAAUGUUAAAAGUUAAA